CUCGGCUUCGGGCCCCCACAGGGCGAAGCGGCCGCCAUCCACCAGCUGGUAUCCGUGCCACCGCCGGUGAUUGCCGAUCUCCGCCCCCGCCGAGAAGCAGUCGGUGCAGAGUUCGAUGUCCUGGCACUCGGUGCAGCGGAGCCGCAGGCUGGUCACGUCGGCCAGGCAGUAAACGCAAUAUUUCUUCCCCAGGUCCGCCAUAUUGGCCGCCGAGCUGUUUGUCGGACUCAGCGGGCAGGCUCCGCCCACCACUUCCGGCUCCUCUAGCUGUCGGCGCCGCGCUUGCGCUCUGCCCGCUCGUCCACCAUUGGCUCGUGCGCUGCGGCUUCGCUCUGAUUGGAUGGAUUGGGAGAGUGACGUGACCGUGCGACCAAUCCGAAAGGAAGCCAUUCCCAGCGGGACCGCCCUCCACUCCGAACGCCGUAUCCAUGGAAACCGCCGGGAAGCACAACUACACAGUGCUGGAGUCCAACUGAGUUAUCAUGUCCUCCUCCCCUGUUACUGAGCUGAAACCGGGCUCCCCGGACACCCAGGGCAAGAAUGGGGAUCCAGGACCCUCAACACCUGAGGGCAAGAAUGGGAAUCCAGGACCCUCAACACCUGAGAACAAGAAUGGGAAUCCAGGACCCUCAACACCUGAGGGCAAGAAUGGGGAUCCAGGACCCUCAACACCUGGACCCAAGACCCCUGAGGGUAAGAGUGGGGAUUUAGAACCCUCAGCCCCAGAGGGCGAGAAUGGACAACCAGGACCCAAGACCCCAGACUUACAGAAGGUGAAAGACAGCGCAGAAGAACAUGGGCAGGAAAAUGAAAGUGUUCAGAUAUCAUCCCCUGGAGAAGGCGAUGAGAAGUCACCUGGACAAGACUUUGGGGAAGAGGUUUCUCCUGAAGAAGAUCGUCAGGGGUCAUCUGGGGAGGAAGGGGGUCAGGAGGUCUCUCCUGGAGAAGGCGGCGAUGAGGAUCUGGAAACAGAAGCAGAAGAAGUUCCUGGGGGUUAUCCUAAGGGUGGAAGUAGAAGUACCCCAGUACUUACAGCCAGGACUGAAGACGAUGAACCUGAAAUGUAUGAAACAGCCACACCAGAAGCAGAUAAGGACCUCAUGACUUAUCAAGAAGAAGAAGAAGUUGAAGAUGGCAGUGAGUUGAAACCACUGGAUGGUGACUCUGACAAAGAUGGCGAUGAGGAAGAAAUCAGAGAAAGUCUCAUUAGGCAGUAUCAAGCCCUAGUUUCAGAGAGGGAAAAGAUCCAGCAUCAAAAUGCACAACUUCAAAAUAAGCUUUAUGAGUAUUUUCGACGCAAAAAGGGCGAAGAUACACAAAUCGAAAUGGACAAGCAUGUCCCUGACCAGGAACAGCGUUACCUGAAGUAUCUGUCCACUUUAGAGGCGACAAGGAAGCAGUACUUAUUAGAUGCUGCCUCCCACCAGCAUCAAAUCGAACAGUUGAGGUCUCAGUGCCAAGAAGUUGUUAGUCGUGUAGACAAAGAAUGGGCAUCUUUCCAAGAGCACAAAAGGGCAAUAGCCCUGUACGGCCCUAAUCGUGUUGGGAAACAAGUCUCACCUGACCUAAUUCAAGAGGUGGAACAACUACAGGCUAAAGAAGACCGCAAGGAGAAAGAGGUCAUACAAGUGCGCUUGGAGAACAUAAAGUUGAAAAAUAAGAUCAACCAAUUUGAAUCCAUCUUGAGAUCCAAAGAGGAGUUGUCCGAAGGCCUGCACCUUAUUGACUUUGAGCAGCUAAAGAUUGAAAAUCAAACAUAUAACGAGAAGAUUGAGGAGAGAAACGAGGAACUAUUGAAGCUCAGAAAAAAGAUAACCAACACAGUGCAAGUGCUAACCCAUGUCAAAGAAAAACUACAGUUUGUACAAGCGGAAAAUCAAGAACAGAGGGACAGACUGAUGCAAGUGGAUGUAUUGGUGGCACAGAAAAGGGAUAUUUUGACCAAAACCAAGCAGGCCAGAGAUAGUUUAAGAAUAGACAACCUGAAACUCAAACAACAGUGUGGGCUGCUAGGCAACAAGACACUUCUCAGAGAUUUUGAAGACAAAGUAGAUGCCAUUGAUGAGCUGCAAAAAAAGCUGGAAAGUCUAAAGCGUCGCCAUGCUGAGCUCACUCUAUCCAGUAAAGGGAUGGUGAAGAAAAUAGAGGUGGCUAAAUCAUCAAUACUUGAUUAAAAAAAACAAAAGGUGUUCAAAGGAGUUUAUUCACUGAACUCUGAAUCGUAGCUAAAUUAAAUCCAAAUGGCCAAAUGUAGGCAAAAAUAGCUGAUCUGGAGUGCAGGUUCAUAUGUAUUAACAGGGUGAUGCAUGUGAUUGCAGAACUUUCUGUUGUUUUUAGUAGAUUUUUGAUAAGACUUGUGUGAUCGUAAAAAAUACACGUUUAUAUUGUAUGUAUGUCACAAAUUCUCUUUCCAACACCAAACCAGAAAUGCUACUUGCUCACUAUUCAAAAUCUUAAUUGCCAUUUUACUAACAGGUUUUUGUACCUUUGUAAUGGCCAUUGAAGUGGUACCCCAAACCACUGUUAUUUAAAUGACUUUUUAGCGCGCAUUUUAGUUUUUUCUUAUUUAAAUGUCUAGACUGAUGAAUAUUAUAGUCGUUGCUCCUGAGAGUGUGAGUGCAAGGCUAACGUAUGUGUUUUUCUUUGUACCUUAACCGUGCACUUGGUUAUCAUUUUACACUCUGUACAGGUGUUAGCUGUUUUGGUAAUGGGUUCCCCAUGGUGCUUAGCCAGCUCCAUGGCUCUCUGAGCAUCAUGAGAAAUCGAAUAAAGAAAUAGGUGGGAUGCCCAUGUUAGCAAUGCCUUGUUUAGAAUACACUUAUAAGAAUGCUAUGCACUUGUACUUAUUUGAACAAUAUAUAAUGUCCUGGAUAAGACAGUACCUGUGA